CAUGGCAGCCUCCACUGCGGUUUCAUUCGUAGUGUGUAUUACACUUACAGUUGGAUUACAAUUGUAGCAACAAAUAAUGACAAGGGAGAGCUUUCAUAACUGGUUGUGAAAGAAGCACUGAAGCUUUUUUGUACACAAGAUUAGUACUCAAAAAGAAGUCAAUCAAAAUGCUGCCUGAUCAAGUUAUAUACCCUUCCUCACGCUCAGUCCCGUAUGUCGUCCUGUUAAUUAUUACAAAGUUGUUCCAUUCUGCUGGCCUUUUCUUGUCAUAUGAUGUGCUGAAAACUAUUCAUGUGGUGGAGUUCCUCUUUCUGGUCAAGGCAGGCACAGCAUUAUGUAUGAUACUUCUGCAAAAGCCAUUCACAAGAAAUCAACGACUAAAUAAACACCAGUGGGGCAGAGUUGUGCGCCAUGCUGCAGUUGGAUGCUUCAUUAACCUUCUAUGGCUGUAUGGAUUAACACAGUGUGGCCCACUUCGAACUAUUUUGUUAUAUGAGCACAGUGACUUGGUGAUAAUAGCUGGAGCAAGUGCUUUGUUCACAUCUUCUGGAAGUCCAGCGAAGACACGUGGAGCUGUCUUCUUCCUGGUUGGUGUUGUUUCGUUGUUGCUAUUUGAUCAUGACGAUACAGCACAUGCGGAACAUCCUGAAGGUCAUCAGCACCACAAUGGAAUUAGUCAUCUUUUCUACCAUUUUGUUAACUGGAUGGAAAUAGCCGACCACAAGGCAGGAGUCGUGCUGCUUUUUGUCACUCUCUGUUUGAACGUUGGGUACAAUACAGCUGCCAAAAAGUUGUCAGUAGAUGUUGGAGGAGCGAAAAAGCUGCAGACCCUCUCUAGCUUGGUGUCCGCUGUGCUAUUGGCGCCACUAGUUUUUAUUCUCAUAGUUACACAGCAGAGCUCCGUUGUGCUAUGGCUGCCAAAUACCAUUCCGAUUGCAUUCAUCAUCGUCUUCGUGUUCGUUGUGAGCUACUACGUCGAAGCUGUCUGCUCGACAAAGCUGGAACUGUCCAGCCUAGCGCGGUUUGGCGCCGUUGGCAGUUUUCUCAGCGCGAUCCUUCUGAGCGGCCUCUGGUGGCAGCAGCGCACAAUGAGUGAUGCAGAUUUGGAGGCGGACAGCAUAACGGAAGACAGGGUUCUCAGUCCCGAGCACAUGCUGUCGGGCGGCGUCAUCUUUAGCUGUGUUGUCAUCGUGCAGGCGACGUUCACGCUGUCGAGCAAGCACAGCAGCUCGCGCGGCACGUUCAUCGGCUACUCGGCGGCCGGCCUGCCGCUCUACCAGCUGCACAGCAAGGCGAUGCUGCAGCGCACUUCCGAGUCCGUCGUCAAGGUGCUGCGCAGCGGGCUCGCGCAGAUCCUCGACGAGUCCGACUCGCGGCAGAUAUUCUACUUCCUCUGCGUGAACCUGGCGUUCACCUUCGUAGAGCUCGUCUACGGAGCAUGGACGAACAGCCUCGGCCUCAUCUCCGACGGCUUCCACAUGCUGUUCGACUGCUCUGCGCUAGUCAUGGGCCUUUAUGCCGCUGUGAUGAGUCGAUGGAAGGCAAACAGGAUAUUUUCCUACGGGUAUGGAAGGGUAAACAUACUGUCAGGCUUCAUCAACGGACUCUUCUUAGUGGUGAUUGCACUCUUUGUAUUUGCGGAAGCUGCGACUAGACUCUUUGACCCUCCGCAAGUGCUUACCGAGAGGUUACUGACCGUCUCAGUCGCAGGCCUCUUUGUCAACCUGAUUGGCAUUUUCGCAUUUCGGCAUGCACACAUGCAUGCGCACGGUGGUGGACAUGGCCAUAGCCAUGGGCAUGGUCAUAGUCACCAGCACAGUCACGGUCAUGAGCAUAGCCAUGGUGGAGAGCUACAUACAGGCAACACCAACAUGAGAGGCGUGUUCCUGCACGUCGUGGCCGACACGCUGGGCAGCGUCGGCGUCAUCAUCUCGUCGCUGCUCAUCGAGAACUUCGGCUGGCACGUCGCCGACCCCAUCUGCUCGCUCUUCAUCGCCUGCAUGAUCUUCCUCAGCGUGCUGCCGCUGCUGCGCGACUCAGCGCUCAUCCUAGCUCUGCGAGUGCCAGUGGACAUCGAGAAGGACCUAGCGGCGGCAUUAGACCAGGUGCAACAUGUAAAGGGAGUAUUGGCGUACAGAAACGCACGUUUCUGGCAGCACAGCUCUGAAGUUGUGGCUGGAACUGUCCACGUUCAGGUCGCCCCCGAUUGUUCAGAACAGUUCGUCACAAACCAGGUUGUGAAAAUUCUGAGGGAAGCUGGAGUCCACAACCUAACGGUACAGGUAGAAAAGGAGGCUUAUUACCAGCACAUGUCUGGUCUAACUGGCACCGCUUAUCAGCAGAUGUUCAAGGACGCACAGACGAUGAAGUUGUUGGCAAACAAAAAUAGCACAAUUAUCGAGCUAGUCAAAGACAUUUGAUGCUCUCGCUUGCCACUGCAUGCACAUAUACGUACAUCAGAUGACACAUAAUAUGUAUAUUUUUUUAUUUAUUUUAUUAUGCGUGAAAAGUGUGCCGAUUCUAUCUAGUGUGCCCUUAAAGAGCGCAUGUAAAUAGAAAAUGCUUUAUGUCCUACGGUAGGGUUUAUUUGAGUUGCGUAUGACAUUGCAUACUGUAUAACGUACUACAUAAGCAGAUCAUCAUACUGUUUUCUCAAAAUUCCACUUGUUUCGAAUUUUCGAUUUGGGAUCAUUCAUUAUUAUAUUGCAUUACGAUUUUACAUUACCCCUGUGACAACAUGAGUCACAACCCAUUUUGGUAAAGAAUCAUAGCAAAGCAUCCCACUUCGUAGUAAGAAAAAUCUAGUAUGAUUUUACAGCAGUUAUAUUAGUGUUAAUUCCGUGAUAAAUACAGUGCCGAAGUCUGGUAAUAUCACCACUAUGAAUCUAAAUUGCUUUUGGUCUUCUGUGAAUUAUAGCAUUCCCUAGUAAAUUAUUAGACGUCUGAAAAACACAUGCUCAUUUAUACACAUAUUUAUUAGGCAUGCUGGCAGAGAUUACAAGGCCAGUCUUGAAUAAAUUCGUAUUUGAAUUACUCCAGCAGUCUUUUUUAACUUUAAUUUUAAUUAUUGCAAUAAGGCUGAAAUAUUACAAUGCAAGCGUGUUGCAAUGUUUUGUAUUGUAAUGUCCCUCUCACAGGAUCCCAUGUGUUUAGAUAACGAUGAAGAUUUGUAUUGUGAUGGCUGUACAAUUCCAUGCAGGUGUCACUUUAGCUUGCAAUUCCUGUUGCUUACAAUAGCUUGCAAAUGUUUAACCAUAAUUCGCAUAACGAUGGUAUAGAGCUGCGCAUUUUCUGCAACAAUGACAAUAAACAUGUUCCGCUUCUUUAAAACCACCACUGAAACGUGUGACUGGCAUAUAGCAAACAAAAAAUUAUUAAAAGAUUGGAUUAAUUAUAUGUGAUCAAUUAAUAUUCCAUUAUAAUACUGACGAAGAUGUGUUGGUACCCUAUUUUCAGUUGUUAUAUUAUACUACAGAGAUCAUAUUAUAUUACUAGCAAGGAAAUAUUGUGGACUUUCUUGUAAAGAAAAAUUUGUACAUACGUGUUCACUACGUCAUAAUACAAAAUUUGAUUUUUUCAAAAAUGAUGGGACGUGAGGUCUAGAUGGUGCAAAUCAUGGACUAAGUUCGGUACUUCGUACGUGCUUUUGCGAUAUAUGAAAUGUGAAGAUAAUAGGUAUAGCGGCUUAGGCUCAUGUGUGAAAUUGUUUCUGAGAAUCCCAGCUAGGAUACACAUUUGAAAUCUAGACGGGCUGUUCAGAUUCUAAACAACACUAAGUGGCGCAUAUAUAUACUCUGCUCAAAUUCCAUAUAUCUCGCAUGUUUUCAGUACAAGAUAAAAAAACAUCCUCAUAAGGAAAGUACUGUGCAAUGAACCUGAAUGUGGUAAAAUGUGACACUCUUAGUCUAUAAUAAAGAUCUAAUAGCAGUUAUUUACAGAUAAAACGAGUAGUUAACUUAUAUUUAAAUUAUCACAAAGCUUUAUAAGGAUGUAGAAUGCAAUCAUAGUUGUUAAAUUGUUAUCUGUAUGGAUUAAAAUCCGUGUCAAAAUGUAAAAUAACAUAUAACAUAAAGAAUGAGUUGUAUGUGAAACUAUACGACACUUUUAAUUGUGAAACUGUAUUGAACUGUAAAUAAAAAACUAAAACUAA